AUGCCCAAGACAAUCCAUCGGGAAGUAGUCACGAAAGGUUACCGAGCAACGAUGGAUCUCAAAAUUAUUUAUUUAUUUAUAAGCUACAUGGCGUCUGCGAUGGCGCAAGAAGACUGGGAAAAGCACUGCAAUAAGUGCCAUUGUUUAUGGGUGAGCGGUAAAAAGACCGCGAAUUGCGCCGGUCGAAAUUUCGACACGAUACCCAACGAUUUGAGCACAGAAAUCAGAGAGGUGGAUUUUUCGAACAACUUUUUCUACUCCUUGGAGCAAAAGGUGUUCGACUACGCGCAUCUGGUGAACGUGCACAAACUCAAAUUGCAGAACUGUACGAUUGAAAAGGUGAGCCAAUGGGCCUUCACCGGGUUAGGAUUAGUAAUAGAAUUAGACCUGAGCAACAACAAUAUAGCGACGUUGAAUAAAAACGUAUUCAGACCAACCAGACGUUUACGAACGCUCAUUUUGAGCAACAACAAGAUAUCGGUGCUGGAAGACGAGCUGCUUUACAAUUUGACGUUUUUACAAAAAAUUUUACUGGAUCACAACGAAAUCGAAACCGUGUCGCCGUCGACCUUCCAAAACCUGCCGAAUUUGAUGCACAUCGCUCUAUCUAACAACAAAAUCCAACGAAUUACCUUCGAUAUGAAGAGUUCCUUGCCGAAACUGAGCAGCCUCAACGUGGAGGCCAACCCCUGGGCGUGCGAUUGCCGACUGCAGGAGUUCAGGAGCAGCGUGAAAAGGAACAAUUUAGUGACGGCGGAGAUCAUGUGCGCAGCGCCGGCGAGGUUAAAAGGCCGCUCCUGGCUCGACGAUUCCGUCAUAUUCGCGUGCCCGCCUAAAAUCGUGGAAAUGGGUCCUCACAAUGUAGUCUACGCCAGUUACACUAACAUUACUAUUACAUGCAAGGUCAUAGGCAACCCGGUGCCAGACGUCGAUUGGAUGAGAAACGACAAAAUCAUCGAAAGAGAUCCCAGGAAGAACAAACAGAAGUAUCUAACGCAGAAGGACACUUCUUCGGAUGGCUACACGUGGAAUAAUUUGACCAUUUUUAACGUUAAUUACAAUGACAAAGGCGAAUACAGAUGUAUUGCGAAGAACCCCGGUGGAGAAAAUGAGGGAAACAUCACUGUUGACGUGCCUCCUGGAGCUUUAACUGGUGGCACCUUCGUCGGAACGCUCACAACGAACACCUACCUGGUGAUCGGCCUCGCCGUCGGCAUAAUCUUCAUUCUGCUGCUGGCUCUGCUCAUUCUCUUCUGCAUGUGCAGAAGGGGAACGAACGAUUUCUAUUCGAAACGGCGGCCGCACGCCAACACGUCCGAGGAGUACAUCAACAUGAGCGGCGGACAGGCGGAGAUCAAGAAGGGCUUGAUCACCGACGUCAAUCCGGUGACCAAACCGCCCAGGACGACCGUAUCCCCCUCGGUGGUCAGCGGAGGUACUGAAGUCAGCGACGUGAAGAAGACUUUAUUGGAUAAUGAGUCUGUUUUUGAUUGCGACGAAGAAACCCGAUCGUUGGACUUCGACCAGCCGCUGUUGCGGAAAACCCACGUCAUGCCGGAUUCGGUCAACAAUCACUACCCGCCGGAUCUUCUACCGUUUCCACCCAGAAUGACCCAAGUGUCUCCGGCGGGGAGCUCGGCUUCCACCGUAGCCGAUACGACCAGGCUGCCUCCGCCACACGGUCCGCAAUCGCCGCUGCACAGCCCCAUCUACGACCAACUGAACCUGUACAGGACCCUGCCGUACUCCAGAUCGCACUCACCGUUCGUCGGACCUCCCACGAGAGUCCCCCGCGCCGGAUACGUCACCAUUCCCAGACGUCCCAGGAUGCAGAGCUGGAGCUCGGAACCGCCCAACGCCUCCGACAUCAUAGUCGAGCCUCUUUACGACAAUUUGGGCGUGAGGACCACAGCAGACGGCGCCACUAGCACUCUGUCGUUGAACAAACUGGAGAGCAACGGCACGCCCAGGUCCAACAGGCUGCUAUCGCUCAACUCCACCAACUGCGAUCCCAUCGAGGAAAGCCACGAGUCUCCGCCCAGCCAGAAGGUUCUCGCCAAUCAAACCUUGCCCAGGAGCCUGAACGCCGCCAACAAACUGACGCCGUCGAAGCUGCAGUGGACCAAGUCCAACGCCGAGGCUUUGAUGAGUCCGGAUAAGAGGAACUCGAUUUCCUCGUUGCCGGACGGGCAGCCCAUGAAGAAGAUCCCGCCCAGGCCGCCGCCGAAGCCUAAGAAGCGGGCGUCGACGGGCCCGCUGUUCGAGGACGAGGGCGAGGACGGGACGGAAGUGUGAGAGUGGCUGAAAUCAGUGCUGGUGGCACUGGUUGCGGCGUGAAGCGGUCCAAAUGUAGUGACAGGGUUAUAAUAAAAUUAGAGACAGCGAGGACUGGAUUAUAUUGUAUAAAUUUAACGAAAGAGUGCCUUAAAACGACGUGAACAAUGAACAAUAAAAUGAUUAUACUACCUUUUUGUCGUCUUUUUCGGGAGUAUUUAAACUGAUUUGCUAUACAUAGACUAAAGUGGGAGUUUCCCAUAGUUUCUCUCUAAUGAAAAGAAUGUUUUUUUUUUCCUUAUGACUUCUAUUUUUUGAAUUAUAUUUUUUUAAUUUGUGUAGGUACAUUUUUAUUAUUUCGAUUUUAAAUACUCUACGAAAACGACCUGGUUUUACAUUUAACAAAUUAAAAUAAUGCUUCGAGUCCCUUGAAUGUUAUAAUGCAUGUUAUCCUUCGGGCUUCCACUACGACUGACGCUGUAAAAAAACCUUCUGAAUUGAUCGCAAGGUAGAUUUAUUGAUGUAUUUGUAUUAUUUGAUUCGUAUUAAUGAUUUAUGAAUGUUUUUGUAACGCCUACCGGUGAUUAUCCGCAUCAUUUUAUGUAUACGUUUUCGAUUAUCAAAUAUUCACUUAUGGGUAGCCAUGAAUAUUAUAUAUUUUUUUAUUGUUAGAUGAAUUUACGAUUUCAGUUGCGGGAAAUUUUAUACGUGUUCUCAUAAGUGUAUAGCUGAUUUUAUGUGUAAUUUAGUUUUUAAUUAAAUUUUUCGAGGAACGCUUCUCGACUGGACCUACAAAUUAGCUAUGAAUGGAGAGGAGCACGACUUGUUUUAUUUUUUUAUAAAACUACGUAUUCUUUUGAAGUCAUUUGAAUUUUUUAAUUUUUUCCAUUUCCAAUGGUAAUGUGGCAUCAUCGAAUGUAUACUUUUUGAAUCAAUAAGGUAGUUAAAACGCAUCCGAAGGUAGUUAAAACCUGUUUCAUGCAGUUUUGUGAAAAUUCUUCAUUUUAUUCUAAAAAAGUGUUUAUUUUUGGCCCA